CUAAAGAACAAAAGGCAAUUUUAUUCACUUACACAUGAACCGUCGUCUCCACGGCUCCUAGCUCUCCAUUCCAGUCAAGGGUCCGGGCUCUGCUCCGUGUUUUCUUCAGCCACAGCUCUAUACAUCGCGUCUCUUCACUUCUGCAGUGCUGUACCAGCAGAUGUUUGCGCGCUGAAGCCAAUCCCCACCAUUAUCUUUACCGGAGCAAGUAUUCUUUUGCAGCUGAGAGUGAGAAGACGAAUGAAAGUGAGGACGUUCUCUCUCUCUCUCUCUCUCUCUCUCUCUUUCUCUUCGCACGUCUGGGGUGUGUGUUUGUGAGGGGGGGUUAGUGAGCUGAAGAAAUUAGAGACGAUCUUUUUGUAUUUACCACACCUGUGAUGCGCUGCUGUUUCUGAGCAACGAAGACGCACUGAUGGCUAAGGUACAGGAAGGGGAUAUGUGUUGAAAGAGGACUUAUAAAUGCUCUGGCCGCACUCGUCGGUAUACUAUUACAAGAACUAAACACAUACAGACACUGAUACUCAACGCAGCUCUUUCAGCUGAUAUUAUAGGCUUAAACUUGAACGACAAGGUGAUAAAGACAUGAUGCCGUUACACCUGGGUCCCUUUGUCCGCCCGAGAUCCGGGCUUGUACUCACAUGGAUCUGCCUGUUUUCCUUCGGAUUUACCUGCAUCGGUGGAGAGCAUGCAGCCACCGUAACGCAUCCACUUCCUGUGGCCUUCUCCGACCUGUUGCCCCACUUCCUGGUGGAACCGGAUGAUGUUUAUAUCAUUAAGAAUAAGCCAGUGACCCUCACCUGCCGGUCGACACCUGCCACUCAGAUCUACUUUAAGUGCAAUGGUGAAUGGGUUCACCAAGAUCAGCACCUGAUCGAGCGCAACGUGGACCCGGCUACAGGGCUUCCGGUGAUGCAGGUGAAGAUUGACAUCUCAAGACAGCAGGUAGAGAAGAUCUUCGGCCUGGAGGAUUACUGGUGUCAGUGUGUGGCCUGGAGCACUACAGGAACCCAGAAGAGCCAAAAGGCAUAUGUGCGCAUCGCCUACCUGAGGAAGAACUUUGAGGAGGAACCACUGGGUAAGGAAGUAGCGCUGGAUCAGGAAGUUCAUCUCCGCUGUCAUCCUCCAGAAGGUGUUCCUCCCGCAGAGGUGGAGUGGCAGAGAAAUGAGGAGCUGAUCGACCCCGAGACUGACCCCAAUUUCUUCAUCACUGUGGACCAUAAUCUCAUCAUCAAACAAGCCCGCCUGGCCGACACCGGCAACUACACCUGCGUGGCCAAGAACAUUGUGGCCCGUCGCAAGAGCUCUUCAGCUACUGUGAUUGUCUAUGUGGAUGGAGGUUGGAGUGAAUGGAGUAAGUGGUCACCGUGCGGAGCAGACUGCAUCAUGUGGAGGAGUAGGGAAUGUACCCAGCCUACGCCCGGCACCGGAGGCAAGGAGUGUCAGGGCCUGGAUCUUCAGUCCCUCAACUGUACCAGCGAACAGUGCCCACAGACUGCGUCGGGUGCUGAAGAUGUGGCCCUGUAUGUGGGGAUUGUAGCAGUGGCCCUGUGUCUGACUCUACUGUUGAUCAUACUGGUGCUGGUGUACCGCAGGAAAAAGGAAGGUCUUGAUGCAGAUGUGGCUGACUCCUCCAUCCUCACCACUGGCUUCCAGCCCAUGGGCAUCAAGCCCACCAAGCCAGAAAACUCUCAUUUACUCACCAUCCAACCUGAUCUGACCACAACCACCACCAGCUAUCAAGGAACUCUGCGCUCCCGCCAUGAAGUUUCUGGAAAAUUCUCCAUGAGCAAUGGCCCCCUCCUGGAACCCCUUCCUAACGGCUCCCACACACUACACAACGGCAAACUGUCCAGUGACCCCAACGACUUCAUGAAUCGCCUUUCCUCUCAAACGUAUUUCAAAACACUACCGAGAGACAGCAUCAACACCUCCUAUGGCACAUUCAAUUUUCUGGGCGGCCGCCUCACCCUCCCCAACACUGGAAUCAGCCUGCUCAUCCCGCCAGAGGCCAUUCCCAGAGGGAAGAUUUAUGAGAUUUAUCUCACCAUUCAGAAGAAGGAAGAUAUGAGGUUGCCCUUGGCUGGAUGUCAAACGUUGCUGAGCCCCGUGGUGAGCUGCGGGCCUCCCGGUGUGAUGCUCACCCGGCCAGUCAUACUCAGUAUUAACCACUGCUUUGAUGCCUGCCUGGAGAAUUGGGCUAUCCGUCUGAAGAAGCAAUCCUAUGAGGGAACAUGGGAGGACGUUCUUCAGCUGGGAGAGGAUGUGGUGUCAGAGCCAUACUACUGCCAGCUGGAGGAGGAGAUGUGCCGGUUGUUCACCGAGCAGCUGGGCCGCUUCGCUCUGGUGGGAGAGUCCCUCAGUAUGGCUGCCGCUAAACGGUUAAAACUACUGCUGUUUGCUCCCACCUACUGCUCCACACUGGAGUACAACAUCCGCGUCUACUGCAUGGACGACACACAGGACCUGCUAAAGGAGGUGAUGCAGAUGGAAAGACAGCUGGGUGGUCGAUUGAUUGACGAACCACACGUCCUGCUCUUCAAAGAUAGCUACCACAACCUGCGCCUCUCCAUUCAUGACAUGCCCCAGGCUCACUGGAGAAGCAAACUUAUGGCCAGCUAUCAGGAGAUCCCGUUCUAUCACAUCUGGAGCGGCUCUCAGCGGACCCUCCACUGCACCUUUACACUAGAGAGACAGAGCCUGAGCACCUGUGAUCUCACCUGCACGCUGUGUGUGUGGCAGGUAGAAGGAGAGGGACAGAGCUUCACUCUUGACUUCAACAUCUUAAAGGACAUCAGACCAAUGGACACUGAUUUUCUGUUGAUGGACAACUGCACCCCUGCCCUGGCUGGCCCGAGCGCAUUCCAGAUCCCAUACCUCAUCCGACAGAAGAUCUGCAGCAGUCUGGAUGCCCCCUGCCCCAACGGAGCAGACUGGAGACUACUGGCACAGAGACUCAAGCUCGAUAGGCACAUGAGUUUCUUUGCGUCCAAAUCAAGCCCCACAUCAGUGAUCCUGGACUUAUGGGAGGCCCAGCACUUCCACAGCGGUAAUCUCAAUCAGCUCGCUGCCGUGAUGGCUGAGAUUGGCAAGCAGGAGGCUAUGAUAUUCCUGGUGUCAGACGGGGAGUGCUGACACGUUCAAACUGGAGCAGAACAGCCAUGUCUCUGAAUGAUGGGUUGAGGGAAGGAUGAGACCCUCUGCCCGCCCCACCAAACACGAGAAAAAAAUCAAAGAACAGGGUUUACCCAACUAUAUAAGGCCACUUCCCAAGUGAAUAGGGAAAAAAUAGAAAGAAAAAAAAAAACAACAGCAAGAGCUGGAGAAACCUGGCAGGGCUUUUAGAUGUACUGUGAACUGAGACGAAAUGCCCCUUUCUCUGAACAAAACUCCAUUUGUUUAGAAAAAAAAAAAAAAGGUGUAUAGUGAUUUUCAGAAAUGGUUCUGGCCCUUCCCACAGCUGACCAAUACGUCUUUUCUAACAACUUUUACGUUAGACACAUUGAUAUAUUUAUAUCGGACUGGAAACUGAAAUGAAAUCAGUUGAGAGAUAUCAUAUGGAAUGUGUACACUAGAUAGGUAAGGUGGAUAUUUUGCAAACAAAUUAAAUAUGUGACAUGCAUUUUGUAAAUGUGUACCAUUUAGCAAUAUGCAAACACAUAUCGAUGACAAUUUCCUUUGGCCGCACAUUUCUUACCUCACAGAGCAUUUAAAUUUUUAGAGAAAAGUUCUGUAAAUUUCAGGUCAAAAACUUAAUGAGGAUUUUAUUUUUAUUUUUAUUUUUUUGUGAGAGCCAUCAGUUUUCUCUUCUGCCCCUGUGCACUUAAUGUGUCUAUUCUACUACAUGAAGCCAUAAAGUCCCAAAUUCAACUCAAUGCAAUGGGUAUGUUGCGGUCCGAGUGGAUAAUCGGUAAAUAAGCAAGGAUUUUUUGGAAUGGGUGAUCAGGGACCUGAACAUUUUGAAGAACACCAUUUUUAUUGUUGCUUUUAACAGACACUGAUAUUUUGAGAAAAGGGUAUUCUACAAAGCAUUUUCUCAUAGCCCUCUUAUGUCAGUGCUACCCCCUGCAAGUCUAGAAUUCUCAAUUUUGAUGAAAUAUUUCAAAUUUAUAUUCGAAGUUUAUAAAGGUAGAAAAAAAACCCUGGUUGCAAAGGUUUUCUUAUAAAGAGAAAAUGCAAAACUACCAAAUAUUUCAUUGCUAUUCUCAUUCAUAUUUAAGGAUUGUAUGUUUCUCGGAAAGCCAUUUUGGCUCCAGGGCAAAUUCGUAUCUGCAGGAGAUCACCCCCUAAAACGCAAAUGUUCCAUCCAGGGAACCUUCAUCGAAACUCAACAACUGUUUUAGUUUUCAUGAAUUGAACACCAUGUUGUGAGUGUUAUUUUUCUGUGAAUGUGCAUUACGCAGUUUGAUUGUCUGAAUUUUUUGAAUGUGAGAAUGUUUCAUUACAAAUGAAGGAUGAUAAAAACUGUAGAUCACACAUUGGCCACUUUCAUCUUGAUGAUAGGCCAUGGAGACGGUUGGAAGAAUGAGGCACAUUCUCUCAACAGUGAAUUGGGUGUAGGAAUAAACAGGCCUGUUUCACUCAGCUAACAGAGAACUCACUAAAAAGGCCCAUUUUUUUCCACAUAAUGUACGUUUUUCAUGGUUUUUGUACAUUAUGUUUUUGAAAGGUUCCCGUAAAAUCACUUGGUGGUAUUUGUAAAAACAACUAAUCAGCUAAUUGUAUUUUUUUUUAUACAGUAUCUACGAAGGUCAUAAUGUCUUGUAGAUAUGUACUUUUUUAGUUUAUAUAUAACAUCUCUGCAGCAACCAAAGUGUAUGAGCCAUCAGAAGCUUUUAUUUUAUAUCUAUGCCGAUAUAUUAAAUAAUGUACUUUUAUUAAUGGAGUACAAUUAACGUUCCGAAUUUUACAUCAAUCAUUUUCAUGUGCAUCAGGCAACAUCUUAAUUUUGAGCAUUUCACUGGUAAAAACAAUUUAAAUAUUUAAUAUCGCACUUUGUAAAGUAAUUGUAAAUGAUAUUUUAAUAACGAGCCAAAAAAGACAACUGACGUAAUAUUUGUCGAAGUAUAACCUGUGAAGUGUUUGCCUACUGUUCAUUGGUUAUAUAGCACUGAGUUGGUUCUUUCUGCAAUGUUUGAGGUUUAGACUGUUUUUGCCAUAUGUUUGUACACCAUUUGUUUUUUUGUUUUUUUUGUUCUUAUGCUGAUGGUGUAUGGGUAAAAAAUCCUCAAAUUCCUACACAGUCUCAACACAAAACAGAGUGACGUGCCAGUAAAUUAUAAGUAGGCCUACCUGUGAGAGAAUUUAGAUGAGGAUUCGGUGCUACCGAAUGCGUUUUCAAAAUAAAAGUCAAUUUUGUAACCCUCAGGUUUGAGUUCAAGCAGUGGCGUAGCCAAGGGUGGGCCACCCAAAUUAGACCCAGGCCCACCCAGAAUAUAAGAGAUCAUUCUUUGACUUCAAAUAUAUGUUUAUUAAUAAGUUUGAAAAAAUGCACAAAUUCUGAGAUCUGAAAGUGUGAAAGAAUGUGUCGCUUUUCUGUUGUUAAGAAAAAUUUGGUUACAUUUUUUUUUCCCUAAAACUUGGCCCAUGCAUUUUUAUUGAGGCCCACCCAAAAGUAAUUUCCUGGCUACGCCCUUGAGUUCAAGCAGACACGUUACAUAUUUUUCAAAACUUGUUCUAUACUGAAUGAAUAAAGCCCACAGAGAAUCUGUGCCCAUUACUAUACUAAAACCAUGGUUAAUUAUCAUAUGUUUUAAGCAAUAGGGUGACAACAUUAUAUUGAAAAUAGAUUUAUACUUGUACGUCCACAUUAAUCCGGAUACAUUUGAAAACAGCAUUUUCGUUUUUCGAAACGCUCUCCAUUCACACUGCCAUUUUCAAGCAUUUUCCAAAAGUUUCUCUUCCACACUGAAACAAAUGAAAACUCUUAAAUCCCCUUAAUGCGUAUGCGAAAAAUCACCAUUCCUCGUGUUCUGUCGCCGGACAGCAAUUCUGAGUAAACUUCUCGUCGCCAUUGAAGGAAUGCAUUGUGAAGGUUGUACAAAGUAACAUUUAUCUUUAACAGCGCUAUCAAAGUUAAUAACAGGCACAACAACAGCGCUGUUUUGGGAAGAAUGGAUCACGUGACACUGUCACAUGACAACGCAUAUCGUUUUCAGAUAUCUCCAUUUCCUCUGUCCACACUACUACAUGAAGAUGCCGUUUUCAAGUUUAUCCACUUGGAAGAGCGUUUUCGAAAAGCUCAGUUUUCGGAUCAAAAACGUAGUCUCAGUGUGGAAGGAAGUCCAAAACGUAGAGAAAAAGAUGCCUUUUCAAAUGAAAACGUAUUAGUGUGGACGUGGCCUAAGACUUCGUGGGGCUCAAGUGAAUCAGUGAAUCGUUUAUGCAAACUAGUUCAUUUAUAUGAACUGUCCAAAAGAGAUGACUCACUAAAAUGAUUCGGAGUUCCCAACGCUAAAUAAAAGGGAAUCGUUUAUUUAAACCGCUUUAUGUACAUGAACUGUCCGAACGGACCGAUUCACUUGAUUUGGAUUUACUAGCCCAGCGUUACAUGAGAGAGAGAGGACUGUUUAGUAGGGAUGGGCAAUACCACUUAUAUACUUUUUUUUUUUUUAUUAUUAUUCUUGGGAUGAAAUGGGUCAUUUUAAAUAUUAUUUAUAAGGUCCAUAUUUUGUACCUUUAAAGGCCUAAAAUGGAAAAUUAUUUGACUUCUGUUUUGUUCAACUUUACAGAAAUUAACCAUGGUUUUACUACAGUAACCACUUAUCUUUAUACUAUAUCUAGAUUAUAGAUCAGUGACAGUAACUAUAGUAUAACCAUGGUAUUUGUAGUAAAACCAUAUUAACCACAAAACUAUUUAACUACAGUCAUGGUUACAACAGAAUUACGCAACCUAGUCUCAUAGAAUUAAUGUUAUUAUAACAUUUUUGCAAACUGAGUUUUACCUGCCGAAUUCUACAUUUUGCUGCAGAUUCCUGCUUUAAUUAACACAAGAUACACUACAAUAACUGUGCGUUUUAUUCACUUUCACAUAAAUCACGAGUACAACGGAUGAUUAUGACUUUAUAAACACUUAUUUUUCACACUAUUACUCACACACUGCUAUGUUAUGAUAUCGAAACAUUUUUAUUAUAAUGCAUCAUUUGAAAAACGAGAAAUUUUAAUGUUUGAAUUACAGACUCACCUACAUUUAUACACUUAUUCCAAUGUUAUUAGCUUCUGGGGUAGCUCACCUGAUAAAAUGUUGGACUUUGGACUCGGAAGGCCAAGUUUGGAGACCAGUCAAGAAAGCUAACCCGUGGGAUGAGAGUCUCAUAGAAGCAACAUGAAAUGUAAUUUUGUUUUUGGACACUAUCCGUUAGGUUUAGGCAUUGGUUACGGAUGUCUGUUAUGUGUCUGCCUCUCAUUUGAUUUUAGAUCACUAUUGGUUAAGUUUAGGUUAAAGUUGUAGUUUAGGGAGGUACGUUACUCAUUAAAACUCCGACUAAUCACCUGAAAAACCUAGUCUGAUUACAAUAUAAUUUCACUCGCUUUUGGCGUCCCCCGCUGGACAUUUCACUGAGAGACUGCAGUUAAUCAUUUAUUAACACAGACUACAUAACAUUUUCCACACUUUAACAUCUCUUGAUGAAAAAAAUAAAAAAAACAAACCCAUCAUGUCACAUAUAGAUUUGUCCUUAUUUAGUAGAAGCUGUUUGUUUUUCUUUCAUUACGACAGACAAGCACUGCGCCAUCUUUUUGAACAAGCGUUGUGCGGCGCGAGUGCUGUCUGUGACUGCUUGUGUCGUUCAGAAUUUCUCGCGUUAAGAUGAGAACAAAUAAUUCCUAUCGUAUGCAAUCAUUUGAUAAUAUAUACUUCUUUUUUCACUUUGAAGUUUCCGAUAUGCAUUCAUUCCCUUACAAAUAAAAUCUAGAGUUGCCAAAAAAUUGCUGCAAACUUACCGCAAAUUUGCCACUCAUUAUUUUAACAUUCAGAUUAGCUUAUUCGCCGCAAAUGUUUGUCAGAAGUUUGCAGCUCUUCAGCGUUAGUGGUGAACCUUUGGCGACAAUGAAGAGUUUGACGCAAAGCUCAUUUGCAUGUGAAAAUUAAUGAGUGGCGAAUUUGUGGCAAGCAUGUGGCACCCCUCGAUUUGUUUUGGUAUGGGUUUUCAUGGUAAUUAAAUACUAAUAUCAAUUGUGAGGAACUAUAUUCUCAAUACAGCAUCCGUAUUGGAAGUAUCGAUACUUUAGGAUUGAUCUCCAUCCCUACGGAUUAGGUGAGUGCUUUUGAAUAUUCCUUCGGCUCCAUUCGCAAUUUAAAGUGACAAAUGUACCGUUUGUGACGCUACAGCACUACUCGUUGGAAAAUGUAGUUCGUUACUGGAAAAGCUACACCAUUGUGAAAAUAGCUAAGUUAGUAGCAUCGUUACUCCCCAACACCACUUCUGUCUGGGCCUCUGCUUAAGUUAAUUUCUCAUCAAUCUACGUGCAUUUUGUUCUUUUCACAGACAUAAAAUCAUUCCAACAACCUGUUGUUGGCUGAUCUCAUGAUACUCAUUCUUCAAGAAAAGCUAUCUCUUAUCAUGACUGUACAUUUUGUCAGCCUCAUUCAUAGCUGUUCUGUGUAAAUGAAUGUGUGUGCGCAGUUUCUUUCCACGGAGUUCCACUUACUUUUUGAACUGAAAACAGUAGAAUUGUGUACCUGUGAAUGUUCUUCGAUUCGACUUAUUAAUUCAAUGUUCCAUGCCUUUCUGCAAGUCAAAAUGCUGUAUUUAUUACAUGCCAUAGCGCUUAUGCAAUUGUACAAUUCUUUUCUAUUAUGUUUUUUUUUUUUUUUUUUUUUUUUUGUGAAGUUGCUUUUCAUUUUCCUCGUCAAUGUAAAUUGUCGUCAAUGAUUUUGUGAUCAUAAGAAGCCCUCUUUCACAGACAGUUUUCUGUACUUUUUGGACAAUGAUAUGGAUUUGUGGGUAGAAUUUUGGAAAUUCAUUUCUAAGUGCUUUCAAGUAUUUACUUGGCCUUAUGUAUAUAUAUCUCUAUGAAAUUUCAGAAAAAGGUAUGUAUAGUAAUUGAACCCAAAAUGGAUGUAAAUAAAUUAUAUAUUGUUACAAGAGGAGUUGGGUG